AUGUCUCGAGAAAGUGGCACUGUUUAUUCGAGGACAGUCGGGCGGUGGCUGCAGAUGAUGCGCGUAUGGGACAGCAGCGGGAAGGGAGUGAGUGCGAACGGGCUCAGAGGCCACGACGCCCAUCUAGAGGCAGUGCCACACCCGUCAUCCUCAGCGCACUUUUCACCUCGAGGGCGUCGCCGACAUGAUGCGGGUGCGCCCGCGGGCGUGAGGCGUCGCCCGGCGCUCGCAGUGUCGUCCGCGGGCGUGUGGGCGGAUGGCGGCUGGGGUGGUGCGGGCGUGGACAGGGGCGCCUUGCUAGCACCGCCCACGCCCGCACCCACAAGUCCAGGUGGGAGGGGCGGCGGGAGGGGCCGUGGUGGGCGUGCCAGUCACUACCAUCAGCAGCACUACCAGCAACCAUCAAGAGGCUCGCGCCCGCGCACACCAGGGCCGCCCCCGCCUCCACCACGAGGCUCACGCCCGCACACCCCACGCUACCACCAGCACCUGCGCCACCACCCGCGCCAGCAUUCUACGCCCACGUCUUCGGGGGGCGCGGGGCCGGCGUCCAGCCAGCGGGUUCGCUCAUCCCCGUGCCCAAGCCCGAGCGUGGGCGGCGGCGGAAGCGUGACCACGUACUGCCUGGCCGCGGCCUGCACGCUCCACCACGAGUCCGCGGCCACGCCGCCCGCCGCCGGAGGAGCUGGCCCUUCCCACCAGCAAGCGACAGGCGAGCAGCACCAGGCGGCGCAGCACCAGAUGGGCUGGUGCUGCCCCGGCAGAGUCAGCACCGUCAGCCCUUCGGACCCUCUGCCCGGCUGCCUGGACGCGGACGCCGCCUACGUGUGCACGGCCCUGGCGCCCUCCUGCUUCCUCAUACAGAAGGUUCGCGAGGUGUCAGGAGGAGGUGGUGCGGUUCUGAACCCUGAGGCGUCCGUGUUCCACCUACCCCCCACCCCGGGCCUCAUGCCCACGUCCCAACACACACCCACCAUCAAUGGAUACCAUACCCACGUUUACCCCUUGAUGAAUGGGGAUGUUGGCAAGCAGUAUUGUGGGGUUUGCCCCCACACUCCUGAUACUCCUGGACCCAUGGCAGUAGAGUCUCCAGUGGAGCCUUGUAGCUCCUCCCCAGACACAACUAGUGGCACCAGUGGUCCCACAAGCCAAGCCCCUGGUAAAGCUGUGCAAGUUGACAACACAGUUCAAGACAUGGCAGCAGCUGGACAGAAUGCAGAUCAAGAGGGGAAUGCAAAGGCAUGCACUCCCCUGGGCAGCAGCCAGCAGAAUGGGGAAGUGUCUCCUGAGAGCAGUCGACCAAGUGCCUCCCCCCUCCCUGCCUCAGUGCCCACCCCAGACUCUAGUAGUAGCAAUGCUCCCUCUACUGAAAACCUGGAAAAGCCAGAAGAAUCGAUUCCUGAAAGUAGCAGUAAAGAGGACACAACUACAAGCGAGACACAGGGCACACAGACAACGCCAGCACAGACUCCCACUCCGAGUACGCCCACGGCAACCCCUCCAGCACAACCACAACAGCAGCCCACCCAGCAGCCUCAGCAACUCACCCGGGACCAGAUACAGCAGUUGGUGGCACAGCAAGUGGAAUAUUUCUUUUCUAGGGAGAACCUGAGCAACGACCCAUACCUGAUCUCUCAGAUGGACAGUGACCAGUAUGUGCCAGUUUAUAUACUGGCAAAUUGCUCACAAUUUAAGAGCAUCACUAAGGACCACAGCAUUAUUGUAGAAGCUCUCAAAGAAUCGCCUUUUGUCCAGCUUGAUGAAGAAAAUAACAGAGUUCGGCCUAACUAUAAAAGAUGCAUUGUAAUUCUAAGAGAAAUUCCUGAGUCUACUCCAGUUGAAGAAAUAGAGGCGAUGUUCAAAAGUGACGAGUGCCCUAAGGUAGUUUCUUGUGAAUUUGUUCACAAUUCCUCUUGGUAUGUUACAUUUGAAUCUGAUGAAGACGCACAAAAAGCCUAUUGGUACCUCCGAGGUGUUGUCAAGACUUUCAAGGAUAAGCCCAUCCUUGCCAGAAUAAAGACAAAGCCAGUGUCCAGACUAGGUUGUUUAUCAGUAUUACCAUCAUAUGGAAAUAAAGGAGGAGGUGAGGGGAAGGAAGGAACUGGUCCUCCCUCAACCCCAGGUUCAGCUGGGUUACCGGGAGGACCUGGGACCCCUGCCCCAAAUACCAAUUUCAACAACCCCGGGGGACAACGGUUUAUGUAUUCAUCAACGCCUUCAACCGUUACUGCCAACUCGUACACAUAUUCUUACACAACGCCAGCUGCCUUUUUCUACCCAAACAUGGUGCAGUGGACAGCCCCAGGUGGGUUCUAUGACAUCAACGGGUUUCUGCAGUUCAAUGGACUCUCACCACAAGCUGCCUUCAAGCCCCCAAGUAACCAUAAUGUUAGAUAUAACGGUAACAGAAGGAAUUCAAAACAUCGUGAUGGCAGAUAUGAUAAGGUUGACAACCGUCAUAAUAGUGGGGCUGGCCAAGGAAGCGGAGGAAAUAGUAACAAUCAUGGGAAUCAUCAAAAUCACUUCCCACAUUAUCCACCGCAGAGGCCACAUCCCCAUCAUAGACCACAGUCCUCCCAGUCCCCAUCCCAGUCUACACACAGGAAUUCCCAGCCUCCCACUAGCACCACUGCCCCUCCUCCCCCUCCACCUCCCCCUCCACCACAGCCAUCAGCAGCAACAUCAGCUGGAACGAAUAACCAGAGCUUUGCUCAGUGCGAUCUCGCAAUAGCUAGUCAGUCUAACUUAUACACAUCAUUUAGCCCCCCAACGGGUCCAGCAACACCUGUUAUCCGGGCUGAAAAGAAAGAAGUGGUUACAGUCUCCAAGGCAUCUAGUAGCAGUAGCCCAUCACCUGUGUCAUUAGCACAGACGCCUGUGCAUACCACUACUGCCAGUCCUCCCUUCUCCAGUACCUCUAUGCUCAAUUCCUCAGUAUCCACAACUACUGUGGCAAGUGUGUCUGCUACUGUUGCAUCAACAACUUCAGCAGCCACAGUCAGUGUUGCUACCACCACAAGUACCUCACAUCAACCAGCCCAGCAGCACCAGGCACAUGGACCCACACAGCAACAGCAUCAUGCACAGCAUCAGGCUCCUGGUCCACCACACCGGAACAACUACAAUAAUGACCAUUAUCAUGGUCAUUAUCAAUACCACCCUGGACCUAGGGACCCUCAACAACCUAGACAAUUGAAUCGUGGUGUACGCCGACGACCACGAGGUCGGGAAGAGGAGACCCAGACAAGUGGUGGUAACCGUAGUAUGCCUCAACGUGGAGGUACCACACAGCCUCCUAGCAAUGACAACACAAAACAGGGAAAUAGCCAAGAAGCAACUCCUCCUCCACAACCACCACAACCACAGUUUGACCUUGAGGCUGCAGCUUUUCCCCCACUUCCAGGUUCUGAUGAGCAAGUUCCAGUUGCAGAAGAGAAGAGACAGCCUGAAUCACUGCCUUCUGCAUGGGGAAGUGACACUCAGCGUUUCUCGGAUGUAAUGAAAGGAACUGCAAAACCCCGUGCACCGUCACAGUCCUCUGUGGGAGAGAAGGAUUUGCCUUUAGAACCCUCUAUUCCCUCCAGCAGUACUUCUCCUGCCCCUUCAGUCUCUGCAGCUGCAGUACCUCCAGUAGCCUCAUCUCCAACAUCCACAGCAGCUACUACCCAAGCUAGUCAAACUUCAUCUAUUACUACCACUUUACCAUCAUCUCAAGAUGUUCUAAGCACAGCACCAACCACAGUUUCUUUAUCCUCUAGCUGUUCCACAGUUUCCUCGUCUACAACUUCAAAUACCACCUGUAAUGUAGUUGCCAGUAGCAGCAGCAGUAGCAGCAGCAGCAGCAGCAGCAGCAGUAGUAUUAAUAAAUUGGAGACACGACCUGUACCUAGGGAGCAGCGUGGAGGCCGGGAAGACAAACGGACAUUACCUAAUAGUGGGAUGAAAGAUAGGCGAGAUUAUACUCGGGACCAUCAGAGAGAUUUUUCACAGAGGGAAUCUGGUCGAUCAGGAAUGGGUAGAGAUCGUGAUCACAGACUUGGCCGUGAUAGCAACACUCGCACUGGAAAAGAAAACAGGCCAGUACCAUCACGGCAAUGGAAGGAAGAGAAAGUGGAUGCAGAUGGCUGGAUCACAAAAGGGCCAAGGGAGUCCCGUGCUCACCGUGAGAUGAAUCGUGAACAGAGAGAAAGACAGGAGUCGAGGGAAGUAAGGGCUCAGCACCUAGUGAAUGGGGACUCUUCCCCCCCACCCUCUCCUAAGCCACAAAAGACAGACCCCAAAGCCUGCAAUGAAGAAGUUAGUGUUGAAGAAUCCAAACAAACUGCUCAGCCUCUCAACAAUAAUGAUGGGGAGCACAAAACUAGCUGGGCGAAAAUGGCAUUAGCCUCGAAAGAUUAUAUGGAGAGAUUGGCAGCUGAACUUAAGGAAAAGGAAGAGCAGGAGAAGAUAAAAAAGAUGAGGCUAAACACCAGACCGCAAACUAAACCUCAAGAGAAGGUUUUAGUGCCCCGAGAGCGUGAUGGCAAGCCCUUGAGGAGGGAUGGUCCACCUCGAGAAAAUCGCCUCUCUGGUGAAAUGGGUUCUGCAAAGUUUAGGCCAAGAGACUCUGCAAGACCAAAGUCACCGAAGUGAAGGUGACAGUGAGAGAGAUCCACCGAGACAGAGGCCGCCCACCAGGCUGGGUAACCAUAGCCAGAGGAUCAAAAGGGAUGAGAUACCUCUUCAAGUAUUGCUGCUUCCCUCACACAUACCAACAUGGAAGUCAGCAAUUUAUGCUGUUGGUGUCCUUUGGCAAGUGGUGCAAAAAGGGUAGCUAUAUACAAUGUAACUUCCCCCAGCCUGGUGACCCUGCACCCCACAUUGUUGCCCAGCAUUGUGUUGCUGCAUCAAAAGUGGCUGCAUCAUCCUUCUCCAGUGCCUAAGCUGUCUGCCAUUUAAUGUACAUAAUUAUGACAUAACCGUGCUGUUUGCUCCCGUAUGCAAUUUGCCCGUCUGGAGAGCGUGUGACCGGUGCCAAACGUGGGGCAAUCCUGCUUACUUGUACAGUUGAGAGUUUAUUUUUGACUAUGAUAGCCUUGUACAUUAUUGAAAAUUUGGAAAAGCUACAUCUGAAACUAUGUAGCUGCUUCUUUUGAGUGUGUAUAUGUGAGUGCUUGUCUCGUGGCUGAAUCAAAAUAAAGAACAGCCCUCUCAUUGCAUAUUGCUUAGAGGACAAAUAUUUAAAUUAACUUAAGACGUUGGUUCCUCAUAGAUUGAAAAUGAGGAUGUAAUUACUACAGAACAUUAUGGCCACAACUAUUUGCUUGUGGCAGUGUUGUCGUAAACAAACCUAAGGUUGCAUUAUUGGCACCUCUCAAUGUUUUGGCUGUGACCCAAGGAACAAGUCUUUCUUCUUGCUGAAGUGUACUUGAUCCAUGUAGAGGAAAAGAGGUGUUUAAUAUGUGAAUAUGUAUAUGAGGGUGUGAACUGGCCCAAAGGAGCAAGUGUACUCCUGCCACCCAUCCCCUGCUGCGACACAGGUUGUGAGUGUGCCAGUGACAAACACUUGUUUUAGACAAAUCUCUGGGGAUGUGAUUAUAACCAGCCAGGGAACCUAUUACAAAUCGGGACUUUUGUAUUGGUUUUGGCUGAUAUGCAAGUGAUAUAAAACAAAUGAAACUCCUAAAUCAGUGGUAAACUAGUGAUGUAAAGAGCAUUGUUUGACCAGCAGAUGUGUGACAAUAAAUGUUACUAGUUGGUUGUUUAUGAGUGUUUAACAUAGGAGAUUGCAUCCUGCAAAUGAGCUAGUACUGUGUUAAGAUCUCGAUGACUUCAAGAGAGUGAACGUGUACAGCGGUGAAUAAUGUCCAUAUUGAUAGUGACCCUAAUCUAGGGUUUGGUUUUAAGCGAUAUACAAUUGUUGACUUGGUAUACGGGAGUGAGUGAUAGAUUGCCUGGUAGGUGUAUGUUGGAAUACUGUGUCCUGAGCUUGGUUCUGUGUUGUACAAAACACAAUCUCGAUAACAUUUUCCUUUAAAGAAGUGCUCUUGUUAUAGAAGCAUUUAGACACUAUACCAGAGAUUUGGUUGUCAAUGAGUGUUGGAUAGUAAAGAAUUUAUUACAAAGUCAUGGCUUCCAUAUUUUCCAUUUGCCGUUGUAAUUGCCAAUAGUUGUGCUCGUCUGAAAUUGCUUAUUGGCCAGUGGGCAUGAAGCUUUAGCUCAAGUCACAUACUAAAGCUUUGCUGAAAAUGUGCUUGCAAAAUUUGAAUACCUAAUACCUCUCUAGUUUAGCCAGAGAUCCGAAGAGCCAGCCUCAAAAGACAUAGUUUCAUUUACUGUUAAUCUGGUGCGGAAGAUAAGGUGAGUGCAACCUUUGGCCAAUAGCUUUGGACUACAGCUUUGAUCCUUCUAUGUGAGCACCAAGGCUUUAUUGCUGCAUGUUAGUGGUGUGAGGGGAAAGUACCAAGACAGUAGGUCAUCCUGUUGUAAAGGAGAAAAUUAUUGGCCUUGACUUGUAUUGCACACCUCUUAUUUACUUGGUAUUAUUUAUGUCUAGAAGUUUAUUGGUAUUCCAGUAUGCAUUUACUGAAUUAAAUCAUUGGAGGAUGGCAAUAGCUCUUCUGUUAAGGUUGUAAUCUUAUUAUCAAGACGAAGGUUGUCAUCUUCCAUUGAACCACCUAAAAUAGCACAAGACUAUUCAUCACAAGGUCAUCAGAUUUUGCAGUUCGAGAUGUGUAGAAAGUCCAUGAUAGUUGGAAGUAGUAUAUUCAGGUUUUAUAAUGACAAGACUAUAACGUCUUAGUCACCCAGUAAUCAUGGAAGUAAAAAAGGGAGAUUCCUCCUGAGAAAAGUUGUUGCAAAUGCUGACACAUGUAGGCCUAUAACCCUCAUCUGUGUUGUCACUACUCAAUACUGCCUGUCAUUGUCACUUCAUUUAUGUUUUAAGCAUCAAAAAUCACAUAGGUAUAUAUAUUUUUCCCCCUUUUAAUUUUUCUUUUCUUUUCUGGGAUAGCAAAUCAUCUAUUACAUUAUAUUUAAUAAGUUAAUAUAAUGAUAACUUAAACAGUUCCUUAGUUUCUUUUGAUAUCCAGAGUCUAGAUAAUUUUUGAAGAAGCUACAGAAGGACUUGUUUGUUCAUUUUAAUGGUAAGUGAAAUGGAGCCAGGUUUAGUAACCUUCCUAUUUUCAAUCAGAUGGCAAAGCCAAAUUUGUACACGAAAAGGAUAGAAAGACUCCCAGGUCCUCGAAUGAAAAGAAGUAAGAAUAAGAUUUAAAAGAAAAAGUAGAUGAAAGUCAUGUGUUUGUGUUUUUUUGUUUGCAUUUUUUAAAAUUGAUUUGUUGAAUUCGUGUGAGCUCGUUUGGAAACCUUUAUUUCAGACAUGUAAUUUUGGUCUAGUUUAGUUGUUAUUAGACAAAACAAGCAGUAACUUAUGAUACGACUAUAAUUAACUUGAAUUUGUAAGCAUUAUACAUGGAGGCAAAAUGUACAUGAAUGAGCUGAAGGGAGAAAUGCACUUUAAACUAUGCUAAUUAGACAUCCCAUUCAAUUCUAUAUAUAAAUAUAGGGAAAGUAAAGAUUUUUUUUACAUUCCUGUAGCUCAUACCAUGUAAAAAGACACGUACACGAGGCUGGGAGUUACAAAGCACAUUAGCUUACGGAAAAUCAAACCUGGAUAGAAACUACCGCCUUGGCUCCUUUUGGUGCACCAACCCAUUUCAAGUUUCAAGAGUGGAAAGUCCUUCAUCUCGGACUCAGGGUGGAAUGUCUACCACUAGUACCUGAGAUAAAUAGCCCCCAAAGUAUACAUGUAUUUGGAUAUGAAGGUGUGAGCAUUUGUCACGCCUUUCGUAACCAUCACCACGAUUUACAUAUAUUCUACUAGAGACUGUAGACUCUUUGGCUGGUGUGAGACCAUCACAGUUACUCAGGAACUCAGACCGUCAGAUGGCAGUGAAUGAGACCUCGCCUGGAGGUCGCUGUUGGGGUGCUGUCUGUCUCACUGAUUCUAGGGUGCUGAUUAUAUGUUGCAAGGAUAAUAUUUAUGCUUGUUUUAAACUGUAUGUAUCAUGAGAUUAUUUCUAAUUUUCAAGAGGAUGUGAAAACACAUGAAAUAUUGGACAAUGUCCAUGAGCUGGGUGUAAUUUGUUGAUGUGAUGCUACCAUAUGAUUCCACUGUAAUCUUGGUGAGGUGGUCCCGUGAAGGCUUCCCCCGUCAGCCCCCUGAGCUGACGGGGGACGUGACUGUACUAUAACCAUCAACACGAUGUAAUAUUUGCUCUCAAAUGAUGUUAAUAAUCCUGAUAUUCUGUAUGCCUUGUUCUUCUUUUUGUUUCAAGUGGUUAUAUACAAAAUUUUACUGAUCCCAUUAUGCAAGAGUAGAAAGUGGGGGUUUUGGUGUCGAUCUCAAACCUUAUUUAAUUGCCCACUACAGAUGUAUAAAAAAUACACCAGCUCCUCGAGUGAUUCUCUGGACAGACUUUGUGAAGGAGUAAGCCAGGGUAUAUAAAGUAGUAGUCUGUAAGAACACUUCCAAUGCUGUCACUACGCCAUCACCACCUUUCUCUCACUCGCUCAACACAAAACAAAAUUCUUUGUUUCUGUUAAAAAUUUAGUUUGAAAAUAAAUUUCGCAUGUGGUUUUCAGUGGAGAACUUUUUACUCAGCCUUUAUACAAAUGUUACCAUUACUUGUAUAGAGUGUUAUAUUAACGUGGCUGUAUGUGUGAGCUGUCCAUAGAUUUACUCUGCAAUUUCACGGAAGCCUAUGUAUUGUAUCAAGAAAAUAUUUGUGAGAAAAUAACAUCUCCAUACCUUAGAAAAAGGUUGGAUGCAUGAAUUUGUUGUUUCUGGUAAAAGUAACAAUCCAACAA